GAUUUUUUUUUUUACAUACUUUUCCCUUCUGCUUUUGUGUUAUUUUUCUCUCUGUUGAGCUAUAAUUGUAAAAAUGCUGAAUUAAAUUCAAAAGAAGCCACUAUAACCAAUUGAUAGGUUCACAGAAUGAUUGAAAGAUCCAUCACAAAAAAUAUUCAAUGGUGUACUUGCCCAAUGACCAGCAGGGGGAAUCAUCGGAGCUCUAUGAGCAGCUGGAAGCUUUCCAGAUUGACUGAAAUGGAUAAUGGAAAUAAUGUUGUCUCCUUCUUCCUUCUACCAUUAACAUUAAAAAUAAAUGAAAGUUUCAUUUUUUUUAAGACAGUAGCCAAGCAUCCUUUAAGCAAACGGCUUGAAAGUCGGUAAAGGAUUUUCUGAGUUAUGUUUAAUUUUAAUAAUGUAGAAACAUCCUGCCUCCAUUGUGCAUUAGAAGACGCAGCUGCACCCCAAGGUGACCAAGUUAGAUUCAAGAUUCUACUUUAAAAUAAAAAAACAAACAGGAUGCUGUUUUAAAUGAUCCUUGUGGUAUUUAGACCAAAAUAUUUUACAGACAUGUCAUUAAGACCCCAAGGAACCAUAUCAACUGUGGUAAAAUGGGCAUACGAUGAGACCUUUAAAGUUGAUCAAAGGACGAUAGGUGUGUGCUGUAGAAUGAAACAGAUCAAAGCCAAUCAGCUCACAUAUUUAAGUGGAACCACACACACGACUGUGAGCCAACGUCUGACACACGAGAAGCACUCUCUAUUAACCUUAGACCGUCACAACACAAGCAAAUACUCUACAAAAACGUUUGUCCUCAGCUGUAAAAGAAAAUACUCUACAGAAACCUUCUUGCUACACUGCAGCACCUGACAGUCAACAUGGCUAAAAAUGCCUGGCCGAAUAAGCUGACGGCUGAAAACGCCAACCUGAAGGAGCCAGAGGGUGAAAACGCCCUCAUGGAGGAGCUAGAGGCGGAAAUCGUCCACCUGAUGGAGCUUGAGGCUGAUAGCCCCCUAGAGAUGCUGAGGGCUGAAAACGCUGCUCUCAAAAAGCAGAUCACCAUCAAACAUAUUUCCAGGGGAGAAGAGAGGAAGAGGAUGGUCGAGAUGUUGGAGUCUUCUACCUCAGUUCUAUUGAAGUCCAAAGACGAACUGACCAGCUUGAAUCAGCUCGUGGAGUCUGAAAAAGCCAAAGUUAAGAAGCUGGAGAAGGAGCUCAGAAUAAUGAAAAUUAGUUUUAAACCAAAAGAGGAAGAGGUCGUCUCCCUGAAUGCAGACCUGAAGCUCCAGGAGGACAAGCUGCGGCUCUACAUCCACGUAAAUGAGAGCAGGCCCAAGGAAAUAGAGGAGGAACAUGAGGAGGAUGUAAACUCCCGUCUGAAGGAGCCAGAGGGUGAAAACGCCCUCUUGGAGGAGCUAGAGGCGGACAUAGUCCACCUGAAUGAGCAGGAGGCUGAUAACCCCCUGGAGAAGCUGAGGGCUGAAAACGCUGCUCUCAAAAAGCAGAUCACCCUCAAAAAAAUGUCUUGGGGAGAAGAGAGGAAGAAGAUGGUCGAGAUGUUGGAGUCUUCUACCUCAGUUCUAUUGAAGUCCAAAGACGAACUGACCAGCUUGAUUCGGCUCGUGGAGUCUGAAAAAGCCAAAGAGAAGAAGCUGGAGAAGGAGCUCAGAAAAAUGAAGAUGAACGUUAAAGUCAAAGAGGAAGAAGUCAUCUCCCUGAAUGCAGACCUGAAGCUCCAGGAGGACAAGCUGCAGCACUGCAUCCGCGCGAAUGAGGGCAGGCCCGAAGAAAUAGAGGAGGAACAUGAGGAGGAUGUAAACUGCCUUCUGAAGGAGCCAGAGGGUGAAAACGCCCACCUGGAGGAGCUAGAGGCGGAAAUCGUCCAACUGAAGGAGCUUGUGGCUGAUGACCCCCUGGAGAAGCUGAAGGCAGAAAACGCUGCUCUCAAAAAGCAGAUCACCAACAAAAAAUUUUCCUCGGGAGAAGAGAGGAAGAAGAUGGUCAAAGUGUUGUUGUCUUCUACCUCAGUUCUAUUGAAGUCUAAAGAUGAACUGACCAGCUUGAUUCGGCUCGUGGAGUCUGAAAAAGCCAAAGUUAAGAAGCUGGAGAUAGAGCUCAGAAAAAUGAAAAUGAGUUUUAAACUAAAAGAGGAAGAGGUCUUCUCCCUGAAUGCAGACCUGAAGCUCCAGGAGGACAAGCUGCGGCACUACAUCCUCGAAAAUGAGGGCAGGCCCGAGGAAAUAGAGGAGCUGCAAAAAAAAAUUAGAUAUCUAGAUGAAAGGUGGUCCAUCGAGCUCGAAGAGUCCCCAGAAAAGGAAAUCAAGCUGGAGGAUGACAUUAAACUCCCGAUCCAGCAGAACAUUGUGAUUCAGGCCUUGAAGACCGACAGCUUCUCGGAGAGGGUCAAGAAGGAGAAAGAGAAGAGCGGGAAGGAGGAGAAGAUGGAGAGGAGAGAGAAGGAAGAGAUUGAGGGGACGAAGAGGCUCCCUUGUUUUCUCUUCAACUUAAAAAUCACCUAAUCUCCACUCCCAUACUUCGUCUUCCUCUGCCCUCUCAAUCAUCCCCUAAACCGAACUCCCCCCACCCCUUACACCUUUAAAACUUCUAACCCUAACCUUCAAGUGCGUAAUUUCUGUAUACUUGAAAUUACUGUAAAAACACUUUGCUCUAUAAGUUCAGAGAGAGACUGAUAUGCCUGUGUUCAGGACCUCUCUGACUAUCUACAUACUGAAUAUCAAACAUUUUUAAAGUAUAGAUCUGGAGAUUUUUCAAAUUAAAGUCCAACAUUUUCACUGUGGAAUAGAUCAUUUCAGGAUACUUGAAAGUACUGUAAAAACACUUUGCGCAAUAAGUUC